GUGACGUCAUCAGGUCGCGCUGGGCCGCUGUGUUCGGUCCUGUGAAGAUUUGACUGGUUCUAACGGGACUGGAGGAGAAACCGCAGCGCGCGCGCGCGUGUAGCUGCUUAUUGCAGCCGGUGCACGUCGCGUGUCUCCAGAAUCUACAGUGGUGUUCUCGCGGGAGCGAGGCUAACUUAGCUAGCUAGAGAGAGCGCGAGUCCCACCGAGGCCGCCGCCGAACAUGUUCCACAACAGCUCCCAGUUCCGGUUCUGGACGUUCGGCAGCGAGGAGGAGCUGGAGCGGAUGAGGCGCUCGGCCAACCUGCACUUCCGCCAGAAGAUCGUGGACAGCGGGAAGCGCGUGGCUGAUGAGGCCGUGUUCCUGGAGCGGCACGAGGAAGACGCGCUCUUCAGACACUACGAGCGGAGGCUGUGGGAGCUGUGCAGCGCCUUCAAACCCGCGAUGCCCAAGUCAGUGAGCGGUACGGCCCUCAUGUACCUGAGACGGUUCUACACGAACAACUCCAUCAUGGAAUACCACCCCAGGAUCAUCAUGCUGACCUGCGCCUACCUGGCGUGUAAAGUGGACGAGUUCAACGUGUCCGGGAGUCAGUUUGUGGGGAAUCUGCCCGAGAGUCCGGCCAGGCAGGUGCAGAUCCUGGAUCAGAUCCUGGAGAAUGAGCUUCUGCUCAUCCAGCAGCUCAACUUCCACCUGGUGGUCCACAACCCCUACAGGCCCAUGGAGGGUCUCCUCAUCGACCUGAAGACCAGGUACCCGGCGCUGGAGAACCCCGAGUCGCUGAGGAAGACGGCCGACGACUUCCUGACGCAGGCGGCCAUGACGGACAUCGGCCUGCUCUUCCCGCCGUCGCAGAUCGCCCUGGCGGCCGUGCUGAACAGCGGCUCCAGAGCUGGGCUCAGGAUGGAGAGCUACCUGACCGAGUGUUUGGCCCUGAAGGAGGAGCCCGAGUCGCUGUCCAGGCUCUACGACUCCAUGAGACGGAUGAAGACCUGCAUCAAGCGGUACCAGCUGCCCAGGCCCGAGGAGGUCAUGGCUUCCAAGCAGAAGCUGGAGAGGAUCCACGCAGACCUGCUCAGCAACAAACGCAAGCGAGGAGUGGACGAGGACGAGCAGGUGGCUAAAGAAGCGCGCGUGUCGGAGGAGGAGGAGGACUGGAGCGACGAGGACCUGACGUGAGCUGCCGCCUCCCCCAACCCCCCCACAAAGAGCCAGCCCGUCGACUAUUUUACAAAAACCUUUAAUAAGUGCAUGCACGUCCGAUACAGUCUGGAGCCACGUGGAAAGAAAGUCUGCUGUAAACACUUGGUUUCUCUGAUUCCGUGUCUUUCGUCGGAUAAAAAAAAAAAGCAAAACAAACACUUCUGACGGAUCAGAACAAAAACAG